CUGAAAUCCCAAGUGUCAUAUAGGCUGUUGAAUCACUCGCCGAAACAAUUCUUGGUUUCCAUCUUGCGCUUUGCCGACCAGGAUACCGCGUGCUCGCUUUGUCGCGAUUUCAGACCCAAAGGUUCGUCACUUGUUUCCCGAUUGGUGAUAUCAAAAUGAUUGAAGCGUUGUCGACCACUCCCUCACCAUAUAUGAGAAGGCUGCUAAAGAUAACGAUUAGUUUACGGAAACGUCGACGAAUGUUCACCAGGAUGGUAAAUCCGAUUAUUGGCAAACUACUAUUCGUGGCCAUCGGUGCAAGCAUGUGGAUAUGGAUGCAAGCCUAUGUAAAAGUUCAGAUCGCCCUGUACGGAGAAAGCGUUUUGAAACCCCGCAAUCGGUCCGUGCCGGACGAAUUCUACAGCGACUCCUUUGGACGACACGAAUAUGCAAAACUCACGAAUAUUACUAUGCAUUAUGUAACGAAAGGCUGUGACGUUGAAGCUAGUGAGAACCGUCCUCUUCUUGUUCUUCUGCACGGAUUUCUUGAUUUUUGGUACAUCUGGAACAGGCAGAUACCGAUCCUCGGUGAAGAUUUCUGCGUUGUGGCGCCAGAUCUGCGUGGCUAUGGCAACACUACACGGCCAAUGGACAGCGCGCAGUACCUUAUGGUCAAUCUCAUUGAGGAUGUAAAAGAACUACUCGACAAAAUAAACCCUGGCCACAAGAGAAGAGUUGUCAUUGUGGGGCACGACUGGGGUGGCAUGAUCGGUUUUUGCUUCGCAACGAUGUACGAAAAUAUGAUGGACAAAAUGGUAAUCAUCAAUGGCAUGCAUCCCUUGGCUUUCUCGAAGCAGUUGUUCCGAAGCCUCAGUCAGAUGAGGAUGUCCUGGUUCAUGAUUCCAUUCCGGCAACCGGUUGUUCCGGAGCAGUACCUGAUGUUAAAGGACCUCAUGUUUUUUGAUAAGCUGCAUAAGCCUUUCACCACCGAGGAGAAAAACGCCCACAAAUAUGUGUUUUCGCAGCAAGGAGCACUCACCGGGGCUCUGAAUUACUACCGCUCCUUUAACAACGACAGCGAUGAUCUCAAGAAACUACCGUACCGCAAGAUCAACGUUUCUACGUUGAUACUUUGGGCUGAGAAAGACGAAUUUCUAACCAGACGCAUUGCUGUGUACAACCAAAGGUGGCUCAACAAUUCAGAGCUUGUGUACUACGCUCGGUCUGGUCACUGGCUCAUACGAGAAUGUUCCGAACAGGUUACAGAGAGGAUCCGGAGGUUUGCACAUGAUACGAUGCCAAGGGCGAUGACGAAUACUGCGAAUGACCGAAAAAGUUACGUGAAGUGCAGAGAAUCAACGAAGCCAACGCCUUCAAGAAGUUGGAUUUUGAGGUUAUUUGCAUGGCUUCCGCGUAACACCAAACUGCCUAAGCUUAUGGAAGAAUAAAGACACCACGUUUGCUACAGUCAA